AUGAGUACCCCGCGACACGUUCGGUUCAACCCCACCCCCGACGUCCGCCCCUUCCGGGUCGACUCGCCCCUCUCCUCAGGCGAGUCGUCCGACGGCCCCUCCACCCCACCAGACUCGCACUCCGCCUUCCCCUCGCCCCUCCUCCCCCGCGCGCACCCCAGCCCGUCCGCCUACCCCUCCCCAAUGGUCUAUACCCCCUCACCCCCCAACGCCAUGCCCUAUACGCACCUCCCCAGCCCUGCCUUCCCGCCGUCCCCCCAGCCGUCCAAUAUCUACCUCCACCCCGCGCUCGCCGCGCUCAACCUCGCCUUCGACGUCUCCCAGCCCAUCUCCGUGCAGAACCCCGCCCUCCCCGCGUCCACGCUCGCCGCGCCCGCGACGAGCCCGCCCCUGGCCCAGAUGACGCUCCGCUCGGCGCAGCUCCCGUGGGCGAUCGCGGUGCGCCCCACACCGAGCACCUCGCCCGGCAGCCGCUUCGUGAGCGUCGCGGACGUGCUCGCGGCGCUGUACACGACGCUGCGCACGCAGAUCCGCCGCGAGGAGUGGGAGGCGCUGCCGCGCGUCGACGAGGUGAAGCGCGCGUACGAAGCGCGCUGCAGGGCGGCGGGGGCGGGCCCCGGGUCGAAGGAGGACGUGUGGUUCUUCACUUCGCGGUGA